UAAUCUUCAUUGUCCCCUUCAUAAUUCUAACUACUGCAAUUAUUAGUUCGUUGUUCCCACCUUUUUUCUGGGUUCCAUUUGAUAUUUACAGAGUUUUCAUUGAUUUAUUCAUCCUAUACAAUACUUCUAGCUUUGAAUUAUUUGAUAAAAUCCCUAAUUUUACUGUGUUCUUUCUCCAAAAAUUUUCAUUCAUUUUACUGAAUUGUGGAAUGGUUUUUUUGUAUCCAGUUUGUUGUGUGGUUCUCUCAAGUAAGAGAGUGUCAUUAGCCGCAACCUCCCUGAUCGCCGUGUAUAAUGAUAUUGAUGAUGAAUUUUUUGUGUGUGAUAUUUUAAGGUUUAACAUGCUGUACUCACUUUUUUUUUUCUGGGUAAGUAAGGGUUUUUAAGAUUGGGGGUGUGAAAAACGAAAAGAAUUUUUUUUAUUCACAAAUGUUGAAUACAAUUAUAUUUUUUCCUGAAAAUGGGGAGAAAUUAUAAUUUUUGAUGAAUAAAACUCUAAUUUUGGACAAGCUAGGGUUUUUGAGAAUUUGAUUUUUGGGGAUAGAAAUAGUGAGAUUUGUUUUUUUUUUUCUCAAAUAGAAAGACAAUUAUUUUCUGAAAAUUGGGGAAAUAAUAAUCGAUAAAACUCUCAUUAAGUAUUAACAUCUUACUUGCAACAAAAAUAACAUUUCCCAAAUUUUCGAUCUUCCACUCUCUUUUUUUCUGAAAGUUUAUGCUUUUUAUCAUUUUUCUCAGUUUGCUAAUACUCAUCUUUACAUAUACCGAAAUCAUUUUAAAUACUUUUCUUUAUUUUGCAUCUUAAUAUUAAUGAAAACCAAAUAAAAGUGCUAAAACAAUAAAACGUGAAUUCAUGAGAAUACUAUGUAAGCUCCUGGAGAGAGAAAAUCAUUAAACAAAAAAGAGUAAAAUAACUAUUUAUCAAGAAAUUGUGAAUUCAUUGAUAGAAAAUCAUUAAAAAUGGUAUAUAUUUUUUUGUUGAUGUUUGUUGCCAAUGGUCAAUCAAAAUAUAAUUAAAACUUGCACACUAUUUAAUAUAGUUUAUUAUAUUUCUAUAUUCAUGAAAUUUGCAGAAUGCUUCUGGGUUCUUUCCAACCAUCCUCCUCUGGAUGGGGUGUUGUCAUUUUGUAUCCUCUUUAUGUACAUUGAAAAUUUUUGCCCUGAACUCUUUCAGCGGUGUGUAAUUAGCAUAAUUGUUGAGCUCUAGCACAUCCAAAUCUUCAUUCUUACCAAUUUUUUCCCUCUGUCAUGCCUUUCUGCUGUAAUUUUGGCUUUCUCAGAGCUCUUUCUCUUUUGUUCCCCCAGUUAUAGCUUUAAAAUCUUCCACAUUAACAUGGGACUGUGCAUACUCCUUGACCUCUUUCAUGGUCUUCAGGUAGGACCGCUAGUUGCUGAACUUUAACGCUUCACUCUCAGGCCUAUUAGAGUUUAAGCCCUGCCUGAAAGCAAAGGUUAAAAUAUUCUCUUUUGGAUUUAAUACCUGAAAACUUUCUUUGUCGAAUUUGGAGACAUAAUUCCUCAAGGAUUCAUCCUUCCCCUGCCUGAUGCUCAUCAUCUCAAUGGACUGUUUUAUUCUGGCAGUCCUUGAUGAAAAGUGACUUUUGAAUUUCUCUGCCAUCUCAUCAAAACUUGAAAUUGAUCCAUUGGGAGACUCUGAGCCCAUUUCUGUGCAGUACCUGUCAGAGUCAUGAUGAAGUUCUUGCACUAGCUUGCAUCAGUAUAGCUGUCCAUGUCCAUUUCAUUGUUGAAUACUGCCAAAUGAGCAUUUGGACAGGUUUCCCUUUUGUAGGUCAGGUGAACAGGGAAUUUUACUAUUUUUGCUGAAGAUGCGGCAAUCUCUAGUAUGAAACCACCAAAAAUUCUGAUCCCCUUCCAGGGCUAAUGCUAUCAUUGGAUAGAGCUUCUAUUUCCUGGCGCGCCAUAAAUUGUGUAAAAUAUUUGUCACAAGUAAUUCUGGUACAAAACCAUCUAGGAAGAUUAAAUUAAUGCUAAUUUGGGAGGAAUUAUUAAGAUUAGCUAGUAAUCUGGCAACAUUCAUCUGGGAUAAUUGAAAAGACAUUGAACAUACGUUGUAGUAUUAGUGCAUGGCAAGGGCCCAUGCAUUUGGAAGACACUUGUCAAUUACAGAUCAUUAUAAGUUAGUGAGGCAGGUGUUAAUAGGAGAAGCAAAGAGCACUAUAAAUUGUUCCCGUCUACUUUUUUCGAACGAUUAAUUAAGACUUAAUCCACAAUUUUGUAAUUAAUCAGAGAUUAAGGGCUGGUGGAAGCCUGUUUUUACUAUCUCGCCAAACUAUGCAGUAAGAUCGUUCGAGAAGAUGGUUGUUCAUGUAAAAUGCAACAAGGGGUUAGCAGGGCUUGAAAUAUUUUUCCGGGAGACUCACUCCGACGCCCAUGUCAAUAUCAAUCUGAGACAAAUUGCCUAAUGUCGGUUCUUCCAAGAGCACUAUGGCUACAAGGUUGAUGAAAUAUCAUCAUUGCUGAAGUGGUUACUUGAUCAGUUCUAUACAAAAAGAAGGCAUGAUGGAAGGAGUGUACAAGGAGUUGAAUGAAUUAAGGGCAGAGUUGGAGAAGCUGAAGGAAGAACAUCGGAUCAAAACAGAACUUUCUGAGAGUUCGAGAAGAGUCCACACAGACCAACUGGCAAAAAGUCGAGAAGUUACAUUGCAGAAAGAAGAAGAGACUAAGGAACUCCAUGACAAAUUCGAUGAGUUAGCCGAAUUGAGGCAUCUCUAUGGAGAGGUGAAAUCUAAAUUGCUCGAAAUGGAAUUAUCUCUUAAGCAAGUCAGUUCUGUGAAUGAAAAAAUCUGGGAUGUGAAAUACAAAGAGGAAGUGAUAUUGAAUUCAGAAGAAGAAAGCAUGAGGUUCCAAGAUCAGCUUAAACGGGAGAAAGAACAGUUUUUACAUCUCGAAGAAGCUCACACACGGCUUCAAGACUUGUUCCAGUCGAGCAAGAAGGAAUGGCCAUCUGAAAAAUCGGAUUUGUUGGAAGAGAUAAUAAUGUUGGAGUCCAAAUUGGAUUCACAAAUUAGAAUCACUGAAAGCCUUGAAUCCCGGCUAAAGAUGUGUAAUCAAGCUCUUGUACAUGAAGGAAGCCGAAGGAAAGCAUUGGAAGUUCAAUUGUCAGAAUCAAAACAGUGCUUUGGUGAUGUUUUAGCAGAGUAUGAGGAAGCGAAAGCAAAGAUUGUAAGACUCAGCAAUGAACAUGAUGAAGACAUGUUGGAUUUGAGGAAUUCGCUUGAGAUGAAAGAGACACUAUUGAAGAAGAUGGAAUACAAGGUUACCCGCCUUGAGCAAGAUAACAAGGAGCUUUAUGAAUCUUUGAAAGAGUUACGGGAAUCUCAAAUCGAGAAGAGAAACGGAGAUCCUUCUGUCAACAAGCUUCGCGACAGUCUUAAAGACGUUGAGCAGGUUCACAGCACUUGUUCAUUGCCUUUGAAGGAAAGAGAAGCUAAAUGGAACAUGAAAACGGAGAAGAUGAUGGGAGAUAUAAAAUGUUAUCAAUUUGAUUUGAAGAGACAAAGGGAACAACUAGAACAACUUAAGAUGCAGUUGGAUAGUUGUCACUUGGCAAUGAAAUUUUCGGGUGAACAGACCUCCGUACUGCUCUUGAUGAUAAAGUCUGAACUUUCUGAUGCGUAUGCCAAGCUCUUCAAGUCAGAGGAUCAGAUAGAAGCACUCAACAAGGAUAUUGGAGAUUGUGCUCCAUCUAAAGCUCGAGCUCAUUGUGUUGAGCAUGUGCAUGAAGAGAUUACAUUGAUGGCGCAAAAGCUGGGCUCAGUGAAGUUAUUGGAAGAACAUAGUGCCGUUUUGGAGAGUGCACUUUUGCAGCAUAAUAGGAUACUUGAAGAGUCAUCGGAUUGCCAAAUUCGUUUGAAAGAACAAGUUAGCCAGAUGGAAGUUUUUAUCAGCAAUCUGUCCACUGCCCUAGAACAAUCAAAUUCUGAAUUAGCAGCUAAGUUGAGUGAGGCUACACAGACUCAGAUCGAGUUGCAAAUGUGGAAAUCUAAGGCAGAAAUCUUUAGAACAUGCCUUGAACAAAGUCAGGAGGUCUGUCGAAAAAUGGAGAAAACCUUUCUUGAACAAACUGAGAGAGAACAGGUUCUUAGAACAGAGAACGAGUCUUGUCAUUGCAAAAUGAAAGAACAAGAGCAGAAAAUUGAAGAUCUUCAUCUGAAGACCGCUUCUCUUAAUAAAACGUUGAUAGAGAAAGAAGAAGACGUAGAGGCAAUGAGAUUAGUGGUGGAAGGAGCAAACAAGAAAGUAGAACACUAUCUCAAAACACUAAAAGAAAGGGAUGCUACUGUUGAAAACCUUCAAAAACAUAUAAAGGUGACCGAACAAUCCAUGAGACAAAAAUCAGAAGCAGCUGAAUCUGCUAGACGAGAAGCACAGAGCAAGUUUCAGCUUGAAAAGGAAGAACUGCGUAGAACUAUCACGGCACAAAAGGAUGAGCAGAUAAGGUGUCUUCAGGAGUUUGCAUCAUCAUUAGAAAAUGAUCUCAUGGAUUUAGGUUGCUUUUCCCUUGCACGAGAUAUAGAAAAUAUGAUCAAGAUUCUUGCACUUGAAGAUGCUUUAGAGAACUAUGAAUUGCGCGUGAAAGCAGAGGUGGAAAGUAAGAACAAUGUAAUCCAUAUACUGACAGAAGAGGUCAGUAAUGUACAUGAAAGAAUGUUGAUUCAAGGACAGUCACUACUUUACACGCAACAAUCAGUUAAAGAACUUGAAGCUCAGAUCAAGGCAAAGAACAUAAUCAUCGAGAAGUUGUUAAACCAAUCAAGGGAAGACCAAUAUAAAUUGAAAGAACUGGUGUUAAGUCUCGAGCAAAAAAACGAGGUUGCAACAGCCACCAUCAAAAGGCUGUCCUUUGAAAGGGACAAUCUGGUUGCUUACCUUGAAGGAAUCAGUGAGCAAUUUGGUGUUUUUUGUACAGAAGAUUCAAAGCUUGAGCAAUUGUUAGGGAAAAUGUUGCAGACGUCUGAUAUAUUAAUAUCAGAUGAUGUAACAGUAAUAUCAGGUAAAGUUUCGAAUGCUUCCCGUAAGGACGUGAAGAAGGAAGUUUUUGCAACUUCUCGUAAAUUACCGUUGCGAGAGAUUAACCAUUGAUAGCUUGUAAUACU